CGUGUUGUGCUGCGUUUGGCACUUCACUGUUUACAAAGUGAAGAGUCUCUCUUUCUCCCUUUAACACCGCCCGCCGCACAAAGACACGGCGCGUUCGGUGGCAGCGAAACGUUUGCACACUAUGAUGCACCAAAGGUCAAAAAAUGUUUAUAUUAUUUUUUUAUUAUUAUUUUAUUUAUUUAUUUCUUUUCUUUUUUGGAGAAAGGGAGGUGCGCGCAUCUCCCUCUCUUUCCGCCCGAUUGGCCGAACUUGACAGUGAUUGACGUGCAUCCAUGGCAACCGAGCAGCCAAUCUGCCAAGUCCAAUAGGAAAUCAUCGGAGGGGGCUUGACUGUCUUUUUCCCCCCCUUCAAAAAUACAUCUCUGCUCCGGCUGCAAUUCUUUCCUAUACACCCUACCUUGAAAAAUACACCGCGGCUCCGGCUUUAAUAAUUGUCUCGCAUCUUCGCCUCUUUGCGGCCAAGUUUGCGGGAGGAGGAGGAUGCGCUAAGCCGGAACAGCGCGCACGCAGCAUCGUUCCUGCUCCACGGCGGCGCUUGGUGUUUGAGCGGUUCAGCGGCUGGUCACACACGACUGGUAGGGUAACUUUGGAAUUGCCUGGGUUUUUUCUUUUUUUUUUUUUUGGAUAGGAUUGCUUUGGCGCACGGGAAGAAGGAGAAGAAGGAGAAACGGAGGAUUAGACGCGGAGGAGAGGGAGAGAGGGAGAGAGAGAGAGAGAGAGAGUGAGAGAGGAGAAAGGAGGGGGAGAGAGGGCAACACAGGAGAAGCCUCCAUGUUUCAGCUGCCCAUCUUGAAUUUCAGCCCCCAGCAGGUCGCCGGGGUCUGCGAGACCCUGGAGGAGAGCGGGGACGUGGAGCGGCUCGGUCGCUUCCUCUGGUCGCUGCCCGUGGCGCCAGCGGCCUGCGAGGUCCUCAACAAGAACGAGUCCGUACUGAGGGCUCGCGCCGUCGUCGCCUUCCACACGGGCAAUUUCCGCGAACUCUACCACAUCCUGGAGAACCACAAGUUCACCAAGGAGUCGCACACAAAGCUGCAGGCGCUGUGGCUCGAAGCGCACUACCAGGAGGCGGAGAAGCUGCGCGGGCGCCCGCUGGGGCCCGUGGACAAAUACAGGGUGCGCAAGAAGUUCCCUUUGCCCAGAACCAUCUGGGAUGGAGAGCAGAAGACGCACUGCUUCAAGGAGCGAACCCGGCACUUGUUAAGAGAAUGGUAUUUGCAGGAUCCCUACCCGAAUCCCAGUAAAAAGAGGGAGCUGGCUCAGGCCACUGGACUCACACCCACGCAAGUGGGGAACUGGUUCAAAAACCGCAGACAAAGAGACAGAGCAGCGGCUGCGAAGAACAGGCUCCAGCAGCAGGUUCUCUCCGGCGGCUCGGUUCGCUCUCUGGCGGACGAGGACGGCACCGUGGACCGGCUCGGGAACUCGUCCAGUCCGGAGGCGAGUCUGUCCAGCAAGGCCGCCGCCUCCGCCAUCUCCAUCACCUCCAGCGACAGUGAAUGUGACAUCUGACAUUUGACGCGCGCGCGUGCGUGCACCGACGCUGAUGAUGCUGAGGAUGAAUUAGAGGGAGGGGAGAGAAAGACAAUCUGACAAAAAGAAACAAGUCAUAUAGUGCCUGCAUUGAGUAAACACACACACACACACACACACACACACACACACUGAUAGUGACUGAUGCCAAAUCGUGGAUCUGAUGUGACUGUGCGUCCUGUUCCUUUUUAGGCCAACACACACUUUUUAAUUUGCGUUUUUACCCACGCGUGGAUAACUGAACUUAAAAUGGGACGAAGCAUAUUUCACGGACUAAUAUUUAAAAACAACGCCCUGAGAAGAAAAAGGAAGAAAGAUUUAAAAAAAAAAAAAAAAAGAAAAGGGCACGUGAGCGCCUCAUCUAAGCUCUUCUCUGUGGGUAUUUCAUGUUGAAAGAGAACUGUGAUAUUUUCCACUUUACUUUCAAAGUUUUAUAAAUAAUGUUUAUUUGCCUAUUUAAAAAAAAAAGAAAAAGAAGAAGAAGAAAGAAACAAUCUGCUCUGUCUCUCUGGAUUUCAUAUUCAUUUGCUUGGUGUUUUUUAAUACUUACCUUGUACACAGGUGGACCUGUUGAGCAUGCGCGCUUUAGUGACAAACAUGUGUGUCCGUAACG